AUGUCUCGUCGCCGUGCUUCCCAUAGCGAACCAAUGGGCUUAUCAUCCGCGAUGAACGAGGCGUUUGCCUAUCCAUUCUCUGCAACGCAACAGAACAAUGCUCCACCACGACGGGGUCCGAUCGAGGGACCCAACGGACGAAGGUUGAUUCGUAGAGUCACCUGGCGAUCCUCCACAUACAAAUUGAUGGCUUGUCUGUGGGUGUUGGGCGUCUUCUAUAUUGUCUGGCUCAUCCGAGACAUCUUCUAUUUGCCUUUCACCCCUUCGCAGAAGGGCCCCAUUCGCCAUGAAUCUCAAACCGAUUUACUGGCUCAUUAUGUGGGCCGACGUGAGUGCGGCAUCUCUUCAGUGUCCCUCUACAACACCCCGUCAACCGGCGAUGGACGAGCAUCCAACCCAGCGUACUGCUCAACCCGAGAUGAACUGCUAAGUGCCAUGAGCAAUGGUGGUCGUCAUGGGUUCGAUGCUGCGUACACCUCCCAAGGCAACUCUGAAGUGUGUGAAAUCCUGCAGAGAUUCGAUGGGAUUGUCUUUGUGGGGGAUGAUGCCUUAGCCGACGCCUAUGCGGGGUUCAACAUCCUUCUGCGGCAGAAUCUCGCGACCGGCUCUCUUAGAGACUGGGAAAUGGACAAGGACUUGAGCCAGAGAUGUCGAUGCGAGUCCCAGUUCACCCAAGCAGCGUGUCUACCCCUGCGUAUUACCUCGAGUGACCAAGUUGAUGCACAAAGCGGUAGCCCCGCCUUGCGGGCCCCAUACUCGUGCCCCUCCCGUGCAUCUCAUGCUUUCCUCUCCACCGAUGGUUCCAUGGCCUCCAAGAGUGCCCGCGACCACUUCCGCCGCCUGACAGGAAGAGCCGCGGACCGAAGCAAGCCCGUUCCCGUGAUCUUGAGCCUCUCGCUUUCGACAUCAUACUCUCUACCGGCAGCCCAGAAGAGCAUGGACGAAUGGCUCUCCAUGGCCAAGGCGACCAAACAAAAAACCCCUUUCCUUUGGCUCGGUCCCACCGCCCCUGGCCUCCGGAAGGACGCUAGGGACAACAUCCACGCUUCCAGCUGGCAGUAUUCGCAAGACACUAUCAAGGAAGCCCGUGCCCGAGGCAUGGAUGCUCUAGGAUUGUACAAUGCGACGCUGCAGGCCGAGAGUUGGGACGGAAAGCACUACGGUGAGCAAGUCGCUCUGGUGCAAGCGAUGAUGAUCAUCAACUGGCUUUCAACCUUCUAA